GCCACGUCGCACUAGGACUGGACCGAGCAGCCAGGUAAGCCCCUUCGUGAACUGUGAAAUCCAUGUCCAGGAAGCAUUUUGACCGUGUGCCGGCGCCCUCACUGCGUCCAGAACGCUAGCACGACUCAUGAAAGUAUCUAGUUCUACGGUUCAAGAAACAUCCUGUUGAUGUUGGAACUCCGUUUGGGCAUUUUAGAGUCAUUGCCUACACAUAUUCUGGUAGCAUGGGUAUGAAUUUCGGCUGCCUGAACGGUCGCAGUGCAGCAGAUAUCGGAGCGCGACCUGAGCGCUCGCUGCGCCAGUACCGGCCACACGCCAUUGCGGCGGAUUGGGCCGAGUCUCCUACAACAACCAGUCACCCGCUGGUGGAGCUAAGAGAAACUGCCGGAGGGGUGCUAUCCGAAGUUGAUAUCAGUAACAUUGUACAAAGCUCUACGAUGGCCACCGAGGCAAAUCAAGAACAGAAGCGAGAUGACAAGCGCCAUGAUGCGGAUGAAGUUAACACUCCCUGUGGCGCGAGAAACACAUUCUGCCAGGAUGCCUUCUCUCCACCAGCGUCAGGAGCAGCUGCUGCUACAGCCUCUAGCCAAGGAGAAGCGCUGAACCGGGCAAGUGACCUGGCCAUUCACGCUACACGGGCGGACAAGAUUGUAGUGCUUCAUCUGAACUUCGUCUCGGCCUGGAGGCGCCGUGAAGAGAAUUCGCCAUGGACAUCAAUUAAACAGAUGAUGGAAUUAAUGGCCAAAGAGCACGAUAUCUGUGUGGAAUGGAAGAGACUGGAAGGCAUCUUAUCGGUUAAGGGCAUUGCUACAAAGGCCCAGGAGGUUCAACGCUGCAUCGAGGAGCACAACAGAGAAAGCGGGGUGUGCGUCAUCGGUGUCCUUAGCAUGGACGACUCUAAUCGCCACGCUCUUACUCACGAGUUAGAACAGCAGUCAAACACCUUGAAGCCAGUGUAUGACAAACUACGAGAUGGCACAAAAAAGCUCAUGAUCGUGUGUCGCGACGAGGCAAGCAAGAGGCUCGGUGCCAGGGUCUGCUCUGUAUUUAUUCAAGAGAGACUGGAGACCUCCUUGCCACGAACAUUUUUUGAUGCACCGGGCCCGGGCCUUGUGCUCAGCUGGUGGAAUGCAGUAUCCAGCAAGCAGCUGGUUGAGAUCUCAAAGUUCAUGAACAUCCAGCCCGAGCCAAUCCUCUACCUUGAUGGGCAAAAAAGGUCAAUAAGCAUGCCAAGCCUGCUCCGAAUCUGGAAUUCUGUAUCGUACAUAACCAAGAAGACAGUGCCAUGGCCAACCAAGUUAUUGAGCAGUUGCCAUACGGUGGAAGUGAGCAUGCCAGCCGCCUUCCCAUCACAGGGACGAAUACGCUCACCGGGAAUCUGGUAGAGGAAAAGCUACACAGCAUGCAAGAAGGCACCCGCAAAGUUGCUGUCCUAUUGGAGUGGAGCGACCAGAGCGUUGAGACGUUCUCGAAGUACCACAACACACUCACAGCAUUCGACAUCGUCAUCCUCUGCUUCAUGGGAUACAGCAAGGAACGGGAUCGAGAAAACGUUGCGGCAGCAAGGGAAAUCUUCAAAGAUUGUGAACCAAAUGUUCACUUGUGGUGGUGGCAUGAUCCCAAUGAAGCCAUGAAGUCUCUAGAAGUACAGAAUAUCCCAUGGACCCAUUAGCAUAAG